GGAUUGUUGUCCGUCUUGUUCAUGCUGAAACAAACACACUUAUAAUGAGGGAUAUGGCGUCCAGUGUAAACGAAUGUUUAGUAUCUGCCUUGGAGAAAAUCAGUCAGUUGUAUAUCAAAACAAGUAGCGACCAGAGUCAUAACAUUGAUACAUCCUUUAUCACCAGCAUAUGUUGUAACUCACCGGAUAACCCAUGUAUCCUACCGUUAACAAGACUAGCAAACAUUGACAAAAUCUGGACAUGUCCUGAUCAUAGCAUUGAACACAAUAUACACACAAUCACAUCGUGGUUUGCAAGAAAGGAUGAAGAAGAAUGUGAACCAGGGUGCCCAGUUACAAAUGACAACUUUUUGAAAGUGACGCCAUCAGAUCUACACCUACGUCGUAUGUCAUUAUUGUUCAGUAAAAAUGAAGCCAGGGAAAUAGCAAUCAAAUUAGGAUUGUCGACCAAGGACAUAGAUAGCAUUCUAGAAACUGAAGAUUCAAGGAAAUGGAAUUUUGAAGUUUUGAGACGAUGCAGAGAUAGUAUUGUGGUUACUUUUAAGCACAUCAAAGAAGCAGUGGAGGGAAGUGGCCAAGAGAGUAUCCACAUACUUUGCAAGCUUGUGAAAGGCGAUUCUAUUGAUUUUGAAAAGGAAGCAGAUAAGUGGGAUAUGGUACUCACAGAGGAGCACAUUGACAGAUUGGCUCCAUUGGUUGGAAAUAACUCACUCCCGUUCCUGAUAGAACUUGGAAUGGAGUUUCAGACCUGGGAGCAGAUUACCCACAGGCAAAAUGAACGAGAUUUGGUACGACUGAACAAGGACAUUUUAGAAGAAUGGAGAUUCCAGUUUUGCAAAAUGCACAGUUUGAAACCAACUUUGAGGAAUAUCGCAAGUGCAUUCAUUAACAUUGGCAAAAAUGUACAAAUCGUUGAGAAAACUUUAUCAGAUUUGUUUUGACUGUUAUCAAAAAUAACUUUCUUCUGUUUGCUCCGGGUGAAAAACGAGUGCGAAAUUCUCAGAGAAUAUUCAACUUUAUGAAAAGCAUUA